CAUCUUUUCGAAUGGCAAUUUCUUCCGGGUUGAGCGUGCAGGCAAAAAUCACCACACGCCGCGCCCGACCUACGCACUCUCCGAACUCCCACACAUUUGGGCUCGGUACAGUUUGGAUUGAGACCACUUUGUACGAAACAUUUGGAUGACAUCGACCCGGCCCCGAAAGGCUCGUCACCUCCAGCGCUUUGACACGUUUGAGCGUGCCUCUAGCCGGGUUUGCUCGUCGUUCGCCUGACGUCACUUCCGCCAUUUCAAAUACCCGGCCCAAAACGACGCAAAGUCUACCAAAGCGCCAUGGAGCUCCAAGGUAAGUCCACCGUGAGCAUAACUAAACCCUUUGCGCUCUGAUCCUUAUCCUUAUUUUUCCUACCGGUAGUUGGUUAGCUUCAAGGAGACAUUAUGCAGUUUUUUCACAAUUUGAAAGAGUUCCCAGGCGUCUUAGUAACAUCUCUCUGGGACGCUUUCAUCAAAAUACCCCAAGGAUCAAGAAUCGCAGACAUAGUUUCACAGCACAGAAGCUCUAUCAUGUCAAAGCCACAAGUGGGAUCGGAACCCAUGGCUCUGGGCUCCCCGACCUCGCCCAAGUCUGCCCACGGCGCUCAGUUCCUGCCGGGCUUCUUGAUGGGCGACCUGCCUGCACCCGCCUCUCCCCAGCCGCGCCCCUUCAGCAUGACCGCGCCCCUUCUGGAGAGCUCCAUCCUCAAAGGCCCAGGAGGGUCCAGCCCGCAGCCGGUGGUCCCCGCCCCCAAGGACAAGAGCGGCGCCCCGCCGGUGCGCAGCAUCCAUGACGGUCCGGUUACCGUGACGACGCCCCUCAGCGCGCACAGACAGUCUUUCCCCAGCAUGCAGUCUCCGGUGUCGGCACGCCAGGCGUCCGCUUCAGGCGUGCAGCAGCUGUGCCUGUCCCCCGCUCAGGUGGACCCUUUCUACAGUCAGGGAGAAGCGCUGUCUUCUGAGGACCUUCUGGACCAGACCUGGGUCACCGUCUUUGGCUUCCCGCCGGCGUCGGCUUCCUACAUCCUGCUGCAGUUUGCUCAGUAUGGAAACAUCCUCAAACACACUAUGGCGUCUCCCGGCAACUGGAUGCAUCUUCAGUAUCAGUCCAGACUUCAGGCUCGUAAAGCCUUGUCCAAAGAUGGCAAGGUCUUCGGAGACGCCAUCAUGGUGGGCGUCAAACCCUGCAUAGACAAGAGUGUGAUGGAAAGCGGCGAGGUGGCCGCCUCGCCCCUGACGAGCUCCGCCCUCCCCUGCACGCCGCGUUCGGCCAUCAGACCGCUUAGCGCCACCUACAGGAACUCUGCCAGUGACUACCAGGUGGUGACCGACAGAAACACACCCAGGAAGGACGACAGCUUCGUCUCCAAGGCCAUGGAGUACAUGUUCGGAUGGUGAAAUCACUGGACACCUGCGGCUGAUUGCAUGAGGUGUGUGUGUGUGUGUGUGUGAGAGAGAGAGAGAUCUUGCCUCUUGGCUAGUCUCACUUGUUUUUUUUACAUGUUUCAAUAAAGUUUGUACAUAAGAUGA